AUGGGCUUCGCUCAUGCGGCCUUAUCCGCCCCGGAGCGCCAGGGCCUGCUGGGCUACCUGGCUGCCUUGCGGUGCUUCCUAGUAGCUGAGCUAAGGCCGGCGGCGCCGUCCCGCGGCCUGCUUCACCGCCGCCUCCACCUUGUGCGUUUGCAGAUCCAGAAGCUGUGCGAUCGAGUAGCGUCUUCUACCUUACUGGAUGACCGCAGGGAUGCCGUGCGCGCACUUAAAUCCUUAUCCAAGAAAUACCGCCUGGAAGUGGGCAUACAGGCCAUGGAGCACCUUAUCCAUGUUCUUCAGACAGACCGUUCAGAUUCUGAAAUAAUUGGCUAUGCUUUGGACACUCUCUACAAUGUAAUAUCGAAUGACCUCGAAGAGGAGGAGCAAGAUGAUUCUGAAGAAGAAAAUCUACCAAAGCAAGUGGAUGACUUGGGAAGUCAGUUUACAGAGAUCUUCAUAAAACAGCAAGAAAAUGUCACGCUCUUGCUGACCCUUGUGGAGGAAUUUGAUUUCCAUGUUCGCUGGCCUGGAGUGAAACUACUUACAUCCCUUUUAAAGCAGCAAGGACCUCAGGUGCAGCAGAUCAUUCUUGUGAGCCCUAUGGGUGUUUCAAGACUCAUGGAUUUACUAGCAGACUCUAGGGAGGUUAUCCGAAAUGAUGGAGUCUUGUUGUUACAGCAAUUGACUAAAAGUAAUGCAGCCAUUCAGAAGAUUGUUGCCUUUGAAAAUGCUUUUGAGAGACUCUUGGAUAUCAUCACAGAAGAAGGAAACAGUGAUGGAGAUAUCUUGCCAUGGAAUGAUUCAGCAGAUCUUAGUUUCCAAGCAGCUAUUUUUAGUCGGGUAAUAAUUAUAGAGGAGAAGAAAGGAGACUUGCUUGUGCGGGUUCUCGUGUCUCCCACGAAUCCUCCUGGCGCCACGAGCAGCUGUCAGAAGGCCAUGUUUCACUGUGGCUUGUUACAGCAGCUCUGCACAAUCCUGAUGGCAACUGGGGUUCCAGCUGACAUCCUGACAGAAACCAUUAAUACAGUGUCAGAGGUCAUUCGAGGAUGCCAGAUAAAUCAAGACUACUUUGCCUCUGUAAAUGCACCUUCUAAUCCACCAAGACCUGCAAUUGUAGUUCUUCUGAUGUCCAUGGUAAAUGAAAGGCAGCCUUUUGUGCUGCGCUGCGCUGUUCUCUACUGUUUCCAGUGCUUUUUAUACAAAAACCAAAAAGGACAAGGAGAAAUAGUUUCUACGCUUCUGCCAUCCACUAUUGACGCUACAGGUAACUCUGUCUCAGCUGGCCAGCUGCUCUGCGGCGGCCUCUUCUCAACGGACUCCCUGUCCAACUGGUGUGCGGCGGUGGCGCUGGCGCACGCGUUGCAGGAAAACGCCACCCUGAAGGAGCAGCUGCUGCGCGUGCAGCUGGCGACGAGCAUCGGCAACCCGCCCGUGUCCCUGCUGCAGCAGUGCACCAACAUCCUCUCGCAGGGUGAUAAGAUCGACAGACGGGGCAGCAAAGUACAGACGAGGGUUGGACUAUUGAUGUUGCUUUGUACCUGGUUAAGCAACUGCUCAAUUGCUGUCACACACUUCCUUCACAACCCAGCCAAUAUUCCUUUUCUCACAGGACAGAUAGCGGAAAACCUCGGAGAAGAGGAACAACUGGUCCAGGGCCUGUGUGCACUUUUGCUGGGCAUUUCCAUCUACUACAAUGACAAUUCACUUGAAAAUUAUAGGAAAGAGAAGCUGAAACAGCUAAUUGAGAAGCGGAUUGGCAGGGAAAACUUCAUCGAGAAGCUUGGCUUCAUUAGCAAACACGAGCUCUACUCCAGAGCUGCUCAGAAACCACAGCCCAGCUUUUCUAGCCCAGACCACAUGAUGUUUGAUCACGAAUUUACUAAGCUUGUAAAGGAAUUGGAAGGUGUCAUAAGCAAAGCUAUUUAUAAGUCCAGUGAAGAAGAUAAAAAGGAGGAGGAGGUGAAGAAGACAUUGGAACAGCAUGACAAUAUUGUGACUCACUACAAAAAAGUCAUUAGAGAGCAGGACCAAGAACUUGAAGAAUUAAAACAACAAGUUAACACUUUAAAAUCUCAAAAUGAACAGCUUCAAGCUACAGUUACACAACAAGUAUCGCAGAUCCAACAGCAUAAGGACCAGUAUAAUCUCCUUAAAGUACAGUUAGGAAAGGACAAUCAGCAUCAUAAUUCUCAUGGUGAAACGUUUCAGAUGAAUGGCAUCCAGCUGGAAGAAGUGAGCAAACUGAAAGAGGAAUUAGAAGAAUGGAAGAAUAAGCAUGAACUACUGCAAGGACAGCUGAGGGAGAAAGAUUCUGUGAUUGAAAAGUUGAAGGCUUCACAGCUGGAGAUGGGAACAACAGAACAAUCUUCACAGACCAGCAAAUCUGGUGCUUCAGAACUCAAUAAUGAACUUCAAAAGGAAUUAGAAACUCUGAGGAGUCAGAUACAGCUGCAGUCUACAGAGAUCUCUAAACUUCAGUCUGAGAAUCAGAAGCUACAGCUAAUGAAUGCAGCUGCAGAUCCUGUAUUAGGAGAUUGCGGGGCCACAGCAGCCAAGAAUCCCGAAGCGGAAGGACGACUUUUGCAAGAAGUGAAAGAACUGAAGAAUGAAGUCAAAGCUCUCUCUGAAGAAAAGGCAUCACUAAAACAACACUUGGAUUCUUCUAACAGUACAGUUGCCAUUUUGCAAGAUCAGAAAAGCAAACUUCAGCAAGAAGUUGCAGAAUCAAAAAAAGAACAGGAUGAUCUCCUGGUGCUUUUGGCUGACCAGGAUCAGAAACUAUCUGCAUUAAAAAACAAAUUGAAGGAGCUGGGUGAACCGGUUGAAGAUGAAGAUGAUAUUGAAUCUGGAGAUCAGGCGGAUGAGGAUGAGGAUGGUGAAGAAGAGGAACAAGACUAGUGUGUUCUUGUGUGUUACCAUGAAAACUAGAUUGCCUUGUGUUAUGGAACAAACUAAAAC